CCAAACAGAGCCCACCUUCUCCAAUUCCCUAACCUCAAAUCCCACAGAAUAAACACACCAUGCCCCCCGCCACCAGAAAGCGAAAACUCGCCUCCACAGCGCCCGCGGAGAUCGUCUUCGACUUCGACGCGCGCCAGGAAUAUCUCACGGGGUUCCACAAGCGGAAACUGGCGCGGAUAAAGCAUGCGCAGGAGGAGGCGGCGAAGCGGGAGAAGGAGGAGAAGGCAAGGUUGAGGAGGGAGUUGCGUAGGCAGCGGAAAGAGGAGCUCGAAAAGCAUGUGAGCGAGGUGAAUGCCAUGUUAAGGAAAGCAGCGGGCGAAGCCAGCGAAGAAAGCGGCAGCGAGGAAGACGCGGAAGACGAAGAUGCCGAGUUCGAAGGCUUUGGCGAUGAGCAGCCGGAAGAUAUAGAUCGCGAAGACGAGUACAUCGACGAAGGUAAAUUUACGACCGUUACUAUAGAAAGUGUUGGCAUAUCGAAGGACGGGUUUGAGAAAGCGGGCGGUGGUGGAGGUGGAGAGGAGGAAGAUGGCAAGAGGACAAAGGAUGGUGAGGAGAAGAAGAAGAGGGAGUGGACGAAGGAGAAGCCAAAGUCGGAUCGACCCAAGAAGAGAAAGAAGAAGUUCAGAUAUGAGAGUAAGGCGGAGAGAAAGGCGACGAGGAUGAAGCAGAGUGCGAAGAAGAAAGCCCGGGCCGCUGCUCGAAAAGAGAAAUCAUGAUCGAUUGGGGGUAUAUGUUGGCAUCUGCUUAACGGGACAGCCCAACGGCUGAGGGCGAGAGGUGGAGCUCCCUCCCUCAGCGUGCAUGACUUGACUUCGCAAACCAUAAGAUACCCAUCCAAGAGUAGAUCUGUACAUUAAAGGCUCGCUUGCAUAGGAUAUAUCGCCUGGAUG